CUGAAGGAACUGAAACACACCGGCCACGCCCAUUUCCCGAUGCAGCAGAGACCAGCUUUACUGAGUCGGAGUCUGCCAUUAGCUCCCACAAAGAGCACCACCACCACCAUCAAAGAGGGCCUGGCCGUCAUCGAGAUAAAGCCGGCCGUUCCAAUGGACAUGCAGCAGCUAAGCCAGGGGCAGCCUCGGUUCUAACCACCAGUGACAUAGAAACCACAAGCUUCUUAGACUCUGAGGAUGAGACUACCAGCCGGAUUUCGACCACCACUGAGGAGAGUAGCGUGUCUCGAAUUUAUGCAAGGCACCGGCGUAGGCGGCGAAAGAAGAUGCCUCCCAUGAGUCGGACUUCUUCAAUCAGCAGCAUCACGGACAGCACGCUGUCGUUAAACAUCAUCACUGUCACGUUAAACUUGGAUACGGUCAACUUUCUUGGGAUUAGCAUAGUGGGCCAAUCGAACAAAGGUGGAGAUGGUGGCAUCUAUGUGGGCUCUAUCAUGAAAGGGGGUGCUGUUGCGUUGGAUGGUCGCAUUGAGCCAGGCGACAUGAUACUUCAAGUGAACGACAUCAACUUUGAGAACAUGAGCAACGACGAUGCUGUGCGGGUGUUACGAGAGACUGUGCAAAAACCUGGCCCCAUCAAGUUGGUGGUGGCCAAGUGUUGGGACCCCAACCCUAAAGGCUACUUCACCAUCCCACGCACCGAGCCCGUGCGCCCCAUCGACCCAGGAGCUUGGGUGGCACAUACAGAGGCUGCACGCGGUUCUUCCUCUGCCAUUGGCCACUCGCGGCUCUCGCUGGCCCCGGGGCCUUCGCUCCGUCAACCGCUGCUUUACGACGGGCCUUUGAGGCCACCAUCUGUUUCCACCCUCACCUCCACUUCAUCGUCAGUCACUUCGUCGGUGCCCGAGUCAGAGAGGCAGCUCCAGGAGCCACCACUGACUGUGGAGACUGACAUGGAGACAAUCGUGAAAGCCAUGGCAGCUCCCGAUUCAGGACUGGACGUGAGGGACCGCAUGUGGCUCAAGAUCACUAUCCCGAAGGCCUUUAUAGGGGUGGAUGUGGUAGACUGGCUCACAACACACGUGCAGGGCUUUCAAGACCGCAAGGAAGCCAAGAAGUAUGCUAACCAGCUACUCAAGGCGGGCCUCAUUCGGCACACUGUCAACAAACUUUCCUUCUCUGAGCAGUGUUACUACGUGUUCAGCGACCUUUCCCUUGACAUGUGCUCACUGCGUCUUCAAGAAGAGGACGAGGAAGGUGGGGCUGGGGGCAUGGUGCCCCCCUGGGGCUGCUUGGGUCCCCUACUGCCAGCCGGGUACGUGUGUGGCAGCACGGCUGCCCCGAGUGCUGCCGAGACACAACUGGCCUCCUACGUCAACUAUGCUCGUGAGGGGAGCACCCAUUCGGGAUCUGGGGGCAGUGGCGGACCACCCGCGGAGUCUAGCCGCAGCGUGGACGGUGCCGAGGGCUCUCAAGAACUGACCGGUAGUAGGCAGUCCUUCCGCAUGGCCAUGGGCAACCCCUGCGAGCUCUUUGUGGACGUCAUGUGACGCGUGCAUGAGCAUGCCACUGUCCCACAACCGACGAGCUCCAUGAGGUGGAAGAGGAUGGCUUGGAGUAUCAGUACUCAGACAAGGGCUUGGUCUAACGCCUUAGCCUUCACGAUGGAGCCAGAGGCAGCACUAGAGCGUCACAGGACUCCAACAUAAAACUUGACACAGCGUCUGGCCGAAGCACAAUUUGAGCCCAAUGAACCUUCCUUGUCGAAACUUGCUUUUCACACUCGGCACUAAGAUCCGAGCAAUUUUUUUAUAGAGCCCUGCCGGUCAGCAAGUGGUUGUGGCAAAUCAUCAGUGGACAAGUGGUGCAAUUCUGCGGCCAAUCAUACGUACCGCAGUGGCACUGUGAGCACUGCUGCAGCAGCGCGCUCUUUUUCAAUGUGCUAUACGGAGGCCAAAAAAGUGUGUAUGAUGUGUGGCAGUUAUGCGAGGACAUUCCGACUGGCACAGUACCAUCCCAAUGUAAUGUGUUUGUUGACCAAUGUCUGAUGUGUGUUUAUGUGGAUGACUGCAGGCCAACAAUUUUUAGCGUGCUUGUUUUUAUUUAGUGACCUCUACAUUGUGCUUGUCACAAACCAUGAAUAAAAGGUUGCUGUAUAGUG